AUGUCGAUGGACUCGGACCGCGAGCUGGCGCGUCUCUGGCGUGUGUCGAAGACUGUUCAUGAGAUGAUCCGUGACCGCGGCUACGAGGUUGCCGACUACGAGAUCAACAUGUCGUUCGACGACUUCAAGGAGACGUACGGCGGUGGUGGUUCCGUUGACCGCGGACGCAUGGCGUUCCACGCGAACCACAGCCGCGACUCGCGGGAUCGCAUCUACGUCUUCUUCUGUGCUGAGGAGGCUGUCUCGAAGGCGACGUACAAGAGCUUUGUCACAUCACUCGACGCGGUCGGAGCAAAGCGCGGCCUGAUCGUGCACGGCGGCAAGCUGACGUCUGGCGCGGCCAAGACGCAGAACGAGAUGCAGUCCGAGUACCACCUCGAGGACUUCAAGGAGGCGGACCUGCUCGUGAACAUCACCAGGCAUUUCCUCGUCCCGAAGCACACCAUCAUGGAGCCCGAGGAGAAGAGCGCCCUGAUCAAGCGAUACGCCAUGGUGGUGCAACCAGAGCAAGUCGUGGUUGUUUCAGCUAUGGGGCCGCAGCUGGCUAUGCUGGAUUUUGCAGAUUUGCUGCUCUACCGGGCUGCUUAA